UAUUCUCGUAGCCGGCUCCGCGGCUGAGGAGAAGGGUCGUGGUCUCGAGACGAGGGGUCGUGGUCUCGAGGCCUCCUCCGUUCUUGGGCCGAGGCGAAGGCAUGUUCCCUGCUCAGGAGGAAGCCGACAGAACGGUGUUUGUGGGAAAUUUAGAGGCCCGAGUGCGGGAAGAGAUUCUUUACGAGCUGUUCCUUCAGGCUGGGCCAUUAACCAAAGUGACUAUCUGCAAAGACAGAGAAGGAAAGCCGAAGUCUUUUGGGUUUGUCUGCUUUAAACACCCAGAAUCAGUGUCUUAUGCCAUAGCUUUGCUGAAUGGAAUUCGUUUAUAUGGAAGACCAAUUAAUGUGCAGUAUCGAUUUGGGAGCUCUCGCUCUUGUGAUCCAGCUAACCAAAGUUUUGAGAGCUGUGUUAAGAUAAAUUCACACAGCUACAGAAAUGAAGAAGUCGUGGGCAGAACUUCCUUUCCCAUGCAGUUCUCUCCAAUUAAUAAUGCAGCUUUACCUCAGGAAUAUCUUUUCUUUCCGAAGAUGCAGUGGCAUGCAUAUAAUCCAGCACUGCAGCUUCCUUACUAUGAGAUGACAGCACCACUUCCUAAUAGCACUUCUGUGUCUUCCUCACUGAAUUGUGUUCCAGAUCUAGAGGCUGGACCCAGCUCUUAUGAAUGGGCACACCAACAACCAAGUGACUCUGACCUUUAUCAGAUGAAUAAACGCAAGAGGCAAAAACAAACCAGUGAUAGUGAUAGUAGCACAGAAAACAAUAGAGGAAAUGAAUAUAGCCAAAAUUUCCGAAAGUGUAAGAAAAAAAGGCACUAGUAUUUACAUUCUAAUGAAAUGUAUCUACACUGGUCUUCAUUCUCUUAAAAGAAAACUCUGUAUUCCACUAAAUGACCAAUUCCAUGGCUUUCUUGUCUUCUUUGAAAUAUAUAAUAAUAUGACCUCUGAUUUGCUAUUCAAUUUUUGUCUUGAAUGACAAAAACUUAAAAAUAAUAUAGUGUGCUUUUUGUAUUUGUAAUGGUGUUGUUAACAAGAAAUGCUCUUUGAGUUGUUAUAUUUUAGUAUUAUAAUGAACUUGCACUAAAAUAUUAAUCAAAAGUCACUUACUGAGCACUUUUGUAUUUUGUUAUUAGAAAAUAUAAAACUUUCCUUAAAAAGGUUA